UGACUUAAAAUUUUUCUUAACGGUUGAAUGUCCAUCCUCUUCUGAAAACUUUUUUCUUCGUCACACCUUCUCCUCCUUUAGCUUCCUCAUCUCAUUCCUCUUUCUUCAUUCCUCCGCUCCCCAUUUCUUCAUUCCUCAAAAGGGUUACUAUGCCAGACGGCCAUCCGCAUUCCCAUGCUAUCCAGAUGGAUGACCCUCUCGACAGCAACAGUACCGACACCGCAUCAAUCAGCACUGUAACGACUGCCGGCCAUGGCGCUGUAGUCCCCGCCCUAAUCCUUGCUAAUAUUACCAGUGCUUCCCCUACUCUGAUCGACACCAUCAGCCCCGGCUCUGCAGUCAUUUCCCCGCGAACCACCUUACCUACAACUGCGAACAAUACUCAUGGGAACACUGGCCUCUCCUCCGGAUUCGCACUCCCUACCGCCAAUCCCUUCACAGAAAGAGGCGAGCCCGUCAACCCCUUCAGUCCUGCAGGAACACCCCAGGAGACCCCGAUGGUCACCCCUCUCGGAUCACCCACACAGGAGCUGCAGAAACUCAGUCUUGGUGUUGAACGAUACGCACGAGCAAUUGAGGAUCCUGGCCCCAUGGGUUCCUUCUCAGGGACGGUGCCCUUGCCCUCGCUCUCGCAAGCAGAUCAUUAUGCAUCAAGGAGGAGACCCUCUCGUAUUCUGCUGGAUGCGAUCGUUUCGUCCUCACCGUCCACAGGCAAAGCGGCCGAAUGUUCGGGCGUCAAUAAUUCGUCACAAGAGGGCGGAUCUGUAGAGUCACCCACGGGCAAGAGCAGCAAAGGGCUAAACCUUAACACCAUCAAAAGAGCUCUCUCUGGAAGGCGUCGUAUGCAGGACGCAACUAUGGUUGAUCUGGAGACCAACCAUACGGGUGACAGCAGUAACACAAGCAACAACAGGGAUGGAAGGAAGAACAGCGUCAUGAUUAACGAUCUCGGAAACCCCUUUAGUAGUCCGAUGCUCUCUGCCAAUAGUGAUGCUCAGGUCGCUCUGUUGAAUAGUCUGUCGUUCUCACCUCAACCACUGCUGUUGCCGUCAACGCUCUCGAAUCAUCCGCUGCAGGAGGCCGCGAACGAGAGUCGACCGAAUGAAAACGACGAGAUCAGGAGACGAUUGGAACAGAGUAAUAGUCAGGUUACUGCCACGGCCACCGUCGAUAGAUCAUCGCCCGAUAUGCAAGCGGACUCUACGGCUGCCACAGGAAUGCGCCACAGAAAGCCCAAGGGGGGCAUUCUUAGUCAACUGCUGAAACUGCAGAGGAACGAGGCUGCAGCGGCGGCGGCGGCGUCUGGAUCUUCGGGUGCCAGGAAACCACAUGGGAGCCCACAGCAUCCUCAGAACAACUCGUUCACAGAUCUCAAUUCGCCCUCGGCCACGACCACACGCCUAGACUCGUCAAAUGCCUCGACCACAACCACACGUCUUCCCACACAACCGCCGACGUCGAUCAACAAUGCCUCCUCACCCUUCAACAGACCUGACCCACAUGAACACAUCGAAGAGAUGGAGGCCAUCAGCGCGGCGGCCACGGCGGCGGCCACGGCGGCGACACUCUCGACCAGUUUGGGAAUCCAGCGGGAUAUCGCUGAAAUCCUGACGCGGCAGUCGUUCCUGAUCAUGAUUGCCAAGGCUCUGAUUCUCUACGGAGCACCGUCGCAUAGGAUUGAGGAGACCUGCGCGUUGUUGGCAAGAAAAAUGGAUGUGGACGCUUCAUUCGCGUUGCUGCCUGGGUUAAUGACCAUCUCGUUCAGCGAUCCCGAGACACAUACCAGUGAUACAAGGCAUCUGCGGUGCACGCAGGGCAUGGAUAUGUACAAGCUCUCGAAGGUCUACACAAUCGCAUGGGGUGUCCUGCAUGGCGAAGGUAUCGAGGAGGCAAACAAGAAACUCGAGAAAGUCACUAUUGAACCUGGAUAUUAUCCCGUCUGGGUCACGGUCAUGUCCUGGAUGUUCGCUGCGGCGUUCGUGGCGCCCUUGGCGUUCAACGGCAGUUGGCUCGACACAGUGUUGGCGGGAUUCUGUGUCGUCGCGGCCAAGUUCCCGGUGUAUGGAAAUGUGUUUGAGGUGACCUCGAGCAUUUUGGUCGGGUUCAUUGCGAAGGCGUUUGGAGACCGAGUGUGCUUCUCGGCCGUAGCACUCGCGGGUGUGGUGGUGUUGUUACCAGGGUUGUUGUUGACGCAGUCGAUUAUGGAAUUGGCAUCGAGGAAUAUCGUGUCGGGCGCGGUGAGGAUGUUCUAUGCGCUGAUGUAUGCCUUCUUCCUCGGCUUCGGACUCUCCCUCGGCGCUGAGAUCUGGGACUCUAUUGGUGGGGAAUCGACGGCCCCUGCGUCGGCAUGCGAGAAGGGCGUGAACCAUUGGUGGCUCUUUUUGAUCUUCCCUGCGGUGUCGACUUCGAUCAACAUUGUCUUCAACGCGCAUCCAAGCCAGUGGCUCGGUAUGACCGUAGUCACCGCCGUCGGCUUCACGGUCUCGUACUUUAUGACGGCCGGUCCACAGGUUACGCCCGCGGUUGCGGCGUUUGCGGUCGGCGUUGCAGGGCAGGCCUACGGUCGGAUAACGGGCAAGCUAAGCUAUGUGCCUCUGCUGAGCGGAGUUCUUUUGCUGGUUCCAGGAAGUGUCGGCGUGAGAGGAGUGCUGGCCAUCAUUGGAAGUGACCCGGGUCAGGGCUUUCAGUUUGCGCUGCGGAUGGUCAAUAUCUCUGUGAGCAUCACGCUCGGCGUGUUCUGUUCUGCAUUGGUCUGGUACCCAUUCUGGCGCAAGAGUACAUUUAUGAACUUUUAAUGUGUCUAAUUCGACCUCUCUAUAAUGGCCAUCUGAUUUCGCUAUCUUUGGCAGGCGGCCAUGCAUUUUCAACCAAUUAUUCUUAGACAUAUACCCUCUCUCCCCUCCUCCUAUUUUCGCAAUAAUCUUGUAGAAUAUAUCCUUAGCUGGU